GCACCUGUCGACAGGGCGGGAAGUUGAGAUAACGGCCAACUUUCCCGGAUGGAGUUUAACGGCUAUUCCAGACGUUCCACAGAUACAUUGUUUGGAUGCGGAGCUUGCAUGUAUCCAGUUUACCGCUUUUUAGUGUUUCCGAGAUGGCUGAGUGUGAAUUGCUAUGCUACGCACGGCCAGUUCAAAUUCGAGCAUUCGUGUCGUGUAAGAAGGAACCUCUUCGGGGUUACUCCGCAACAACUUCACUGCUUCUUGUCCCUCGUUCCUAGACGCAUAUCCCAGGCGUUGCAGCCCAAACAAAGUUCAGGUAGCAACAUCAUGACUCUGAGAAUAGGCUCACCGCUGUCAAUCCACCUUGGAUUGGCAAAUUUGGCUCCUCCCUCUGCCUAGUUCAUCCCGAAGGAUUAGUACUCGCGGACAGGUCC